AGGAGCGGGUCGGUCAUGGGCUGUGAGGGGCCAGGAAGGGCCGGCCGGUUUCUGGCGCUGGAGCCUCAGGGUCGGGGUCUUCCGCGGGCAGCGGUUGUCCAGAGAGGCUGUGGCUGCCCCAUCCAGGGAAGUGUCGAAGGCCCGGUUGCACAGGGCUUGGAGCGACCUGGUCCAGUGGGAGGUGCCCUUGCCCGUGUCGAGAUGAAGCUCCUGCUUCUUGCUGUGUUUGCCCUGGUGUUUGUGGCUGACUGUGAGGAUGGCGCCAGGCUCCUGGCCUCCAAAUCCCUGCUAAACAGAUAUGCGGUGGAGGGCAAGGACUUGACUUUGCAGUACAACAUCUACAACGUUGGCUCCAGUGCUGCCCUAGAUGUGGAGCUGUCGGAUGAUUCCUUCCCCCCAGAAGACUUUGGCAUCGUCUCUGGCAUGCUCAGCGUCAAGUGGGACAGGAUUGCUCCAGCGAGCAACGUGUCCCACACUGUGGUUCUACGGCCUCUCAAGGCUGGGUACUUCAACUUCACCUCUGCCACCAUCACGUACCUGGCACAGGAGGGUGCACAGGUCGUGGUUGGCUUCACUAGUGCUCCCGGGCAGGGAGGAAUCCUGGCUCAGCGUGACUUUGACAGGAGGUUCUCCCCUCACUUUCUGGACUGGGCGGCAUUUGGCGUGAUGACCCUGCCCUCCAUCGGGAUCCCCCUGCUGCUCUGGUACUCGAGCAAGAGGAAGUACGACACCCCCAAGACCAAAAAGAACUGAGCAGAGUCAAAUGCCAUCAGCACCCCAGAGACUGGGAAAGGACAACCCUGAACCCCCAAGAACAGUGGCUGGGCUGGGAUGGCACCAUCCCCUGCGAGGUGCUGCCUGGGCUGUGCUUCAGCCCUCUGGGCAAAGGAUGUGGGGGCUGCAGCAGCAGCCAUGAGGUGUCCUCUGUGUUCUAAAGGAGGAACAAGCAAACAGAAAAAAGAACAACCAAAAGUCCCAAA